UAUGAUGUUCUUGAGGGAUAUGCUAUUGAUUAUGAGUAAAGUGAUACAUAAAAAAUUAGGAGGGCAUUUUGUAAAGUAUCUGGAUCUUAGAGAUGUUGGAGAGCUAUUUGAUAAAGUUAUGAAUUUGUAAGAGUUGAAUAUUAUUUAAGUAAGGGUGGAGGUAUUUAAAAUAGUAUUUCCAUUGAAUAUUAUAUAUUAAAAAAGAAUUAAGUUUUGGAUAAUUAUUUUUAGAUAGGUAAGAGAAAAAAAAAAUAUGUUUAGGAUAAAAGCUUUAAUAAUGAUAAUAAUAAACUUUAUCUCCUUUUUGAGUUUUAGCUUGCCUAUCAAAUAUAUUAUAAGUAUCAAUGUGCAUUUUUCUAUUUUUUAUGUUUUAUUGCCAUUAUCAAAGUUAGAAUUAGAUUUAGAUGUUGAUAAAUAAAUUUAAAAAUAUUAUGCUGUCGUUUGA